AUGCCCGACUAUCACGACGAUGACAGCUCCGAGAGCCAACCCCUUCUGGAUUCCGAAGAAAGUGAAAUUGAGGAUCAGCCCUCUGUCCGCCACAGUACGCAAUGGGAAAGGCAUGUAGAACCGUCGUUAGCGACGGUUCAGCCUCAGGCUUUUGAAGGUCCCACCGUCUUUCGUCAACGAUUCAUCCGCCAAAUCCUUGGCUUGAACAAAACCUCCUAUUUUGCACUCUACAGGCAGCUGGAUGAUGUUGGCUCCAAGCUGAUUCUGGUUUUGGGCAUCGUAACUGCGAUUCUGGCCGGGCUGCCGCUUCCUCUGAUAGGUGUCGUGCUUGGGCGCAUUAUCAACAACUUCCCACCCAACCCAGACGAGCUGAAGCAUCUCUUGUUCCGUCUGAUGUCAGUCGCAGUCGGGUAUUUUGUCAUUACCUGGGCUUGGGCGGUUUGCUGGGCUGUCAUAGGAGAACGCGUGAGUAGGAAAACAAGAGAAAGACUUUUGCAUCGUGCUUUAGGCAUGGACAUGACCUACUAUGACACCGUCUCGCCUGAUCUUUCUAGUAUUCUCACAGAGAAGACACAGACCAUUCAACUCGGUACCUCGGAGAAGGUGGGCCUCUUCAUCGCAUCCAUAAGCUACUUCAUCUCCGCAUUCACUGUGGGUUUUAUGCUAAACGCAAAACUGACCGGAGUAAUGUUCGUCACGGUUAUACCUUCAAUGGCAUUCGUUGUCUAUUUCGGUACUAAACAAGUUUCCGAUCUCGCCAAGCAGGCUGCACAAUACACCGAGAAAGCUGCCUCGGUCGCUGAGAGUGCUAUCCGCGCAGUACAGAUCGUGCAGGCGUUUGGCCUGUUCGAGCAGCUUAGCGAGGAACACGUUCAUCACCUUCGAUCUGCCUUGCGGGUUGGAAUCCGGAAGAGCGUUGCAGGAGCUGUCAUGCUUGGCUCGGUUUACUUCGUUGCAUAUGCGACCAACGCACUUGCUUUCUGGUACGGUGAUCGCUUAAGAGACGGCAGCGCUGAGGCUGGUACCAUCUAUGCAGUCGUCUUCCUCAUACUAGACGCUUCUUUCGUCGUCGGGUCAUUCGGUCCAUUCAUUCAGACAUUUGCAAUGGCCGCCGCCGCUGGGGCUGCGGUAAUGGAUGUUCUCGAUCAUCCCACAUCCGAUAUCGAUGUCUAUUCCCCAAAGGGAAAGCCGGCGGACAGGACACAUUUCGAACAGGAUCUGGUGCUUUCAUCGGUAUCAUUUGUAUACCCAGCUCGUCCUACUGUGCGAAUCCUCGACAGUAUCAAUUUACGCAUCAAGCCUGGGCAAGUCACGGGUCUAGUUGGACCGUCCGGUUCGGGAAAGUCUACUAUUGCAUCCCUGCUUUUGAGGCUCUACGAUCCAACUUAUGGCGCCGUAAACCUCGGCAACGACAACUUGAAGUCAUUCAACGUCCACAGCCUGCGGACACACAUCGCACUCGUCACUCAAAAUCCGGUUCUCUUCACUGGAACAAUACUGGAUAAUAUCAAGCAUGGUAUCCCAAGUGCCGAAAGAGAACGAUUGACUGAAGACGAGAUUCUUGCUCGGUGUGAGGCGGCGGCGACAGAGGCAUAUUGUGAUUUCCUAGACCGACUUCCUGAGGGCAUACACACGAAAAUCAGUUCCGGACCCCAGUCUCAACUUUCCGGAGGCCAAAAGCAACGUAUAACCCUCGCGCGUGCGCUUGUGGGUAACCCGUCCCUGCUUUUACUGGACGAAUUCACAAGUGCCAUGGACGGUACAAGUGAAGCGAUCGUUUUGGAAAAUCUACGUCGUUCUUCAGCCAACGCCAACCGAACCACCAUCAUAAUUGCACAUCGUCUGGCAACUGUUCGAGAUGCUGAUCGUAUCGUGGUCAUGAAAGACGGAAGUGUAGAAGAAGACGGGCGCCAUCAAGAUCUUCUCAAAAAGAACGGCAUCUACGCAGAGCUCAUCAAAGCACAACAAUUCGAAAAACCGCGGCCUUCAGCAACUUCAUCGAUUCGAUCUGCUGCCAGCUCUACGCACAAAGAGCAUGGAGAGUCUUCAGGCGAAUCAAACAAUGCCUCCCGGCCGGUUUCAGCAUCACAAACCGACGCGCCAAAGAUGAGUGCUUUGACAUUAAUUCGCAGAUCGUUGGUAUUGAGCCGCCGUGAAACGCCAGCUAUAAUUGUCGGUUUGAUCUCCUCCGUCUUCAGUGGUGGAGUCAUUAUCGGAGAGGCGCUCAUAUUUGGCAACUUGGUUGAGCUCUUGAAUGACACGUCCGGCUCGGACGAUCUCACGAGGAGAAUAUCUUUCUACUGUUUGCUUUUCUUCGGACUGGCAAUCAUCGCUCUAACUUCACACUCUUUCGGCAAAACUGCUUUCGGCAUGGUCUCCGAAAACCUUACCUUACGAGUCCGAGAUCUAUCUUUCCGGACUAUCUUGCAACAAGACAUUGCCUGGUUCUCUAAGCCUGGUCAUUCUCAUCACGCUUUAAUGUCGCGUCUGAACUCUGAUAGCGGCAGUAUUAGUGGUCUAUCUGGUGUCAUACUCGGAACCGUCUUCUCCAUUGCGACGUCUGUUCUUGGCGGAAUUGUUCUGGCCCAUAUUGUGGCAUGGAAAAUCGCCAUUGUUCUACUGGCGGCUGUACCUGUCAUGCUUCUAGCUGGAUUCCUGCGCCUUCGUAUCUUGGCUAUGGCCGAAGAGCAUCAUCAGACGGCUUACAAUGACGCUGCAGCCCUCGCUUCCGAAGCCACUUCUUCUAUGCAGAUCGUUGCAGUUUUUGGCUUGGAAUCGCACUUCCUGGAUGGUUACCGAGAAGCAAUCAGAAAGCCAUACGAGGAGCACCUCAGGUUCAGCGUGCUUGGCAACAUCUUACUCGCCUUUUCACUCUCGGUCACAUAUUUCGUCUACUCUUUGGCGUACUGGUGGGGGUCUAAACAAGUGCGCAACGGUAACUAUAGUCAACGAGAGUUCUUCAUUGUACUCCCUGCGCUUCUUUUUUCUGCACAAUCCGCAGGUCAGCUCUUCAGCUUGGCACCCGAAAUAACUCGGGCCAAGGCCGCAGCGCAGAAUGUAUUCUCUCUACAUGACGAGAAGCCGUCGAUCAUCACAGAUUUGAGGCCUUUGGAAUCCGCUACCACCACUGCAUCCAAUGGUAGCGCUUUGUUGUCUGGCCCUUCAGCAUCGUAUGGAACAUUUGGAGUGCGUGGAGAACUGGAGUUCCGUAACGUCAGUCUCUACUAUGAGAGUCGGCCUAAUGUUCCCGCCUUGAACAACGUCUCAUUUCAGAUUCGCCAGGGCGAAAACGUAGCCUUUGUCGGUCGUUCCGGCGCUGGAAAGUCGAGUACGAUUCAUCUGAUAGAGAGAUUCUUCGAUCCAAAUGCUGGACAAGUGUACCUUGAUGGGCAAGACAUACGCCAAGAACCCGUUCGAAACCAUCGUGCUCGCCUAGCACUUGUGGAGCAAGAGCCAGAUCUCUUUCCAGGCUCCGUAAAGUUCAAUAUCGGACUGGGCGCUCGGCCAGGUACCGCAGUCGCCGAUGAAGAUAUACAACGGGUGGCCAAAGAAUGUGAGCUUCACGACUUCAUCAUGAGCCUUCCAGAGGGCUACAACACGGAAGUCGGUGCACAUGGCUCCAAACUCUCAGGCGGUCAGCGCCAACGCCUUGCUAUCGCCCGAGCUCUCAUACGUGAUCCCGAGAUCCUACUUCUCGAUGAAGCGACAUCGCAGCUGGACGCCAAUACCGAGCGCGACAUCCGAACGGCUAUCGCCGCUGCCUCCAAAGGACGAACUACCAUCAUGAUAGCACAUCGAUUAGCGAGUGUGCAAUAUGCAGAUCGUAUCUUCGUGUUUGAUGGCGGUCGUAUCGUUGAGCAAGGCAGACACGAUGAGCUCGUAGCCAUGGGAGGCAUUUAUGCUGCCAUGGUCGCAACACAGGAGCUGGAUUAG